CUUCAGUUGCCUCUCUCGCGGAGCGUAUAUAAAGAGGAGAAAGGGUGAGAAAGGGAAAAACAGAGAGGGAUCUUUGUGACGGCCGCGGCGGCGAUGGAUCCGGACGCGGUAGCGAAGGCUUUCGUGGAGCACUACUACCGGACGUUCGAUGGGAACCGGGCGGCGCUGGGGGGCCUGUACCAGGACGCCUCCAUGCUCACCUUCGAAGGCGACAAGAUCCAGGGCGCCGCCGCGAUCGUCGCCAAGCUCACUUCCCUCCCCUUCCAGCAGUGCGCCCAUGCCAUCUCCACCGUCGACUGCCAGCCCUCCGGCCCUGCCGGCGGCGUCCUCGUCUUCGUCAGCGGAUCCCUACAGCUCGCCGGCGAAUCCCACACUCUCAAGUUCAGCCAGAUGUUUCAUCUGAUGCCAACACCUCAAGGAAGCUUCUAUGUGCUGAAUGACAUAUUCCGUCUGAACUAUGCCUAAAAUAUCUUUUAAACUAUAUCUGGAAGGCACUAGGUGGGUGUAACAUACUGUUGCUGUUGUGAUGGGUCAUGGUUUGGGAGAGGGAUUGUUUUCCUCUAUUUGCUUGUUUUAUUUUCCUUCUGGUUGGGUGGUGGAUGGUUGAAAAUGUUUUUGAAGCUUUUACAGAUGCAGAUGGGUGAAUCUGUAUUUUCUCUAUGUAUCUGAUUGUCCCUCUGUUUGACAAGACAGAUUGCAUUGCAUUUAUAUGCAAAGAUUGGUCCUGAAUGUGCUGUUCUUGGUGGCACUUGAUCCA